GGUUGGCAUGGGCGUGUCGGGUCAAAUCCUAGGAGCUCUCUGCUUCUCUCUAUCUCUCCCAAUAUAACGGAAUAACUCCUAAACAUCGGCGAGAGAAGACGAACAGCAAAAAGCAACAUACGCAGAUUCUUUGUACAAACUCAACCACUUCGCUCUCUACACACGUCCUUUUUUCGAAUACUCUCUCUCUCUCUCUCUUUUUCUCUCUCGUAUCAUAUCAUCUAAUUUAUUUAAUCUUAAGUUUAUAGGUUUCUUUCUUUCUUUUCUCUUUCUCCUCUCUAAAGCUUCUCUCUUUCUUUAUUCUUCAACUCCCACAUAGUCUGAAGUUUUUUCAAGAAAAACUGCAGCUUUAGCUGCACUUCAGCUUCUGCAAUUAUUUUUGAGGAAAGUAUCUGUUGCAGCAUCCACAGGAAAGUUUUCAUCUGGGUUAUCUGUGUCCGUUGAGAUGGUGGAGGAAUAAUCAAAUUUGGGAUGUGAACGAUCGGUUGCCGGAGCCGAUGAUAAGGUCUAGCUAUGGGGUCCCUGAACAUGGAGAAGAAAUGGGUGUUCCCUUUAGUGAUAAGCUCUCUAAUAUGCGUGUUCCUUUUAGCAACUUCCUUAAACAUGGGUCUUGUUUCUUCACUGCAUACUAUCAACCAAAUCGUAAACAUUUUUCAAUCUCGAAACCAAUCAAUGGAGGGGUAUGCAGAAAUGAAAGUUUCACAGAAAAAUCCCUCUGCUCCAGGAAUCCCACGAUUUGCUUACUUGAUUUCCGGGUCUAAAGGUGAUUUGGAAAAGCUAUGGAGAACACUUCACGCACUUUACCAUCCGCGGAAUCAGUACGUUGUUCAUUUGGACCUUGAGUCUCCGGCGGAGGAAAGAUUGGAGCUUUCUACUCGAGUGGAAAAACAUCCCCUUUUCUCCAAGGUUGGGAAUGUUUUCAUGGUCACCAAAGCUAAUAUGGUUACAUAUAGAGGACCCACCAUGGUUGCUAAUACUCUUCAUGCUUGUGCCAUUCUUCUCAAGAGGAGUAAAGAUUGGGAUUGGUUUAUUAAUCUCAGUGCUUCUGACUAUCCUCUUAUAACUCAAGAUGAUCUUCUUCAUACAUUUUCAACCAUAAACAGAAAUCUCAACUUUCUUGAGCACACAAGUCACCUGGGUUGGAAGGAGGAAAAACGCGCAAUGCCGUUGAUUGUCGACCCUGGUCUCUACUCAACAAAGAAGACAGAUUUAUUCCCGGCCACACCUCGCAGAGGUUUGCCAACAGCAUUCAAAUUAUUCACCGGUUCAGCAUGGAUGGUUCUCACACGUUCAUUUGUAGAGUACAUAAUUUGGGGUUGGGAUAAUCUCCCGAGAGUUGUGCUCAUGUAUUACACCAACUUCGUAUCCUCACCUGAAGGCUAUUUUCACACUGUAAUAUGCAAUGUUCCAGAGUUUGCUCAGACAGCCGUCAACCAUGAUCUGCACUUCAUAUCUUGGGACAUGCCCCCCCAACAGCAUCCACGGAUACUUACCCUUAACGACACGAAGCAAAUGAUAGACAGUGGUGCUCCAUUCGCUAGAAAAUUCAAACAUAACGAUCCUCUCUUGGAUAAAAUUGAUAAGGAUUUGCUUGGCCGGAAGAAAGGAAGCUUCACUCCUGGAGGGUGGUGCUCUGACAGUCCCAAAUGUACCAAGGUAGGAGACCCGAAUAAUAUUAAACCGGGUCGAGGAGCUUACAGAUUUAAACGUCUCAUAGCUAGGCUAGCUCUGACAUCAAAGCUUAAACAAAAUCAAUGUAAAUAGAUAUUUCCCACGAAAGUUUCAUGCUUGCAGUUGGAGAAGAUUUCAGAAGUUGUCGGAGAAAAAGGAUUUUGAUGCCGGAGUUGCAGCCAUUGUUGCAUGAUUGUCAAGAGUUGUACUGCCAUUACAAUCAUAAGAAAUCUAGUAUAGCUAUAACACAUUUACUUCGUCAUUUUAGAGGUUCUAUUCUCUUAGAACAAUUGAUUUGCACUUGCUCUCCUUGAAGCUUCUCCACAUUGCUAUUUUCAUUUUUCACCCCUUCUGUAUCUUCCUUCAAUUUUUUUGGCCAUCAUAAAUAAUUAGAAAUAUUUUCUUUUUUCUUUUUCUACA